GAGAGCUACUCCGCCAGCCCCUCACCCCUUCCUGUGUGUGAUGUGCACUGCAAUGUUACAUAUGAAGGCAAUGCCAUUCGUGUAGUCUGCCAUGAGAGCUCUGAUAUCGCAAGUAUCACCUAUGAGAUCAAUGGAGAUGGAAACUACACAGUUCGUGGUUCAGAGUGUGUCAUUGAUGGGGGUCUACUGACAACGGAAGUGAAUGAUGUUGACAUUUCAGUCAACUGCCACUCUGGAGGGGUUUCUAUCAGUCGU